CAAUGCUUUACAAGUGAAUCUGUUCUCUCUCCUUGUUACCAGUCUGCUUCCUUCUGCGGUCGUUAUUCUUUAGUGCACCUGGCCGUUAUAGCUGCAAUCUGAAAUCAUCAUAAUAAUUAUGUAUCGUGAAGGAUUUCAGGCUUUUACCCAAAUUUUUUGGUUUCUCGAACCAGCUUCCAUUUUUGGUAGCUCUAGAUCUGUUUCUGCGCAGGUUGUUAACUAUUUUACAGUAGCACCCUUUUAAGUUUGUUUGUUUCCAUUCAAAGAGCUCAUAAAAUGCUCGGUUUUCAAACUCAUGUUUGCUAAACAGCAGAUUUGUUUACUCGCUAAGGGGAAAGACAACAAAGUUCCCCUCCCGCCCAAGCGAGCAGGACGCGCGAUUUUUGUGCUCAUGACAGUGACUCCAUCCAGAUACAACGAGGGAAUGCGAUAUGUGUAAUGGGUACAAGUCCCGAUCAGGAUAGCAUUGAGGAAGUGUUUCUGUUAUAAAUUUUCCUAGUACUACCGGAUAAGCAUGGAAAGCCCGGCAAGCCUGCCUCCAUUUCGACGCCUCUUGCGUGGAGCUAACAGUUUCAGCCAUCAGAAUACGGUGGCAGUGCGCAGCCUGGACGGCGCUUGGUUGUUAGGUUAUUUACAGGAUCUCACAUCGGACGAGAACUAUGCGUUCAUUGAAUUCGAUUCCACGAAAAAGAGUGCAUGUUGGAUUCGAUCCUGCUUCAUCUACCCUUUGCCGCUAAUUCUCGACAACAAGCCACUGACCGUGUGGAAGAAUAAGCCGGUAUGGGUGGCGCUGCGCGACGAGAUGGACGGACCGUUUCGCUUUCGUCCGGCCACUUUGCUGGAGUGUGUCAAAAUGUGUCGCUUUUGUUACGUGAGCCUGGAGAUUUCUGACGCAGCAGACCGCACCUCUUCUAGCUUAAUUGAAGUGGUGGACCGCUGUCAGAUAGUGGAACAGCUGCCAUCUGAUGAAAUGCCCAUCCAAGAUAAAAGCAACCUGUUGACGUACAGGAAGUACAUUAUCCCUAUUUCAAAAACGGACCGGGUUCUGCAGGAAGCCGCCGAUGUAUAUCGCAUCAUCGCAUUGUUUCGCCGCAGCUAUCAGUACGACCGUUGGAAUCCCGCAACGUCGCUGUCGGACGGUUGUCGCUUUCACCUGGCCGUUGGACCGGAGUCGUGUACUUUCCUUGUCAUAACGCAUAGUAUGGACACCAUCACGGAGCACGAAAGAACUAAAUUUGCUUUGCAUGCACUCUUGGAUAAACACUUCAAGGCACGGCAUCGUGGACUACUUGUAGGAUGCCCGAACUGCCCCGACAACGGAGGGAUUUGUGGAAAUGUUAAUGAGGCAGCUGCAACGUUUUGCGGUAAAGCGGAAUCUGAGGUUAUUAUUCCGGAAACCAGUAUCUGCAGUGUUUCCCAUAACAUUUUGAUGGAAAUAUUGGCUAAUCUGGACCUUCAAGCUCGAAUGCGGAUCAAACGCGUGUGCUGGUUGUGGCACGCGAUAUCCAGCGCUCCUGGGACACUCGACGAGCAUGUCAUAAUCAGCUUCAAAGGUUGUGUCUCCACGAAUUGUCUACUCGACAAUUGUUACAAUGUGGCACUGUUGCUGCAUCGUGCAGUCAAUUCAGAAACCAAGAGUCUCACCAUAACUGAUCUCAACUUCAAAGAGCACACUUUCUUUAUUCCGGUCUGGCUGGGCCUUACACAUCUCCAGCUGCCCCUAGUGGUCCUAAAACAUGGCCGCUUUGACUUUGGUGGUUGGGUAUACGAUGAAACGAGUUCGUUGCUGAAACACGGCAUCAUGCGGCUCAUUGAACCCUUCAAAGACCUCUGUCGAACCCUGAUCCUGCACAACUACACAUUAUCCCGUCUCUUUUGCCAUCCUAUCUCGAAUGUGCUUCACGAGGUAGAAGACCUAGUCCCGCUCCCCGCGGCGGAGAAGCAGCUGGUAAUCCCACUCAACGUCCUGAUGAGAGACGGGCAGGGAAGUUUAUUUACUCUUAAUACCACGGAGGUCACGCUGCGCCGGGUCAUGCUGCCCUGCGUGGACGGUUGGGAGGCCGCAAUGAGCCACUUCAUGCGCGCCAUCGAUGCCGCGUUCCCGGCCGCCGGCGCCGAUGUUUACAAGAAGGUGCAGGCGAUUCACGCUCGCUGGCUGGACACCCUCAGUUACCCUGAUGAAUGGCAGCGCAUACGCCACUUGUUGUCUGUAUUCAGUGGAUUUCAAUCGGAUGGGACACCACUCCACUGGGACAAUGUUGACCUCAGGCAGCUGGAGAUCGGUCAGCUGAGCACGAUGGCCUUGUUGGCCAUCAGCGAGGCUUUUGUACAGUGAUGUGAAUCUGUACAGAGUACUUCAUUUUCUGGUUUCUUCGGCUUGUAUCAAGUUUAGCAGUACAUGGCCGGUUUGGCGGGAUUGUAUUAAUAUGUAACAUCCUUGGUCCGGAAUUCCCAUACCAUUUUUCCACAAUUAUGAUGGUCUGAGUGUUUUGUGUGCAAUGCUAUGAGUGUUUUGUGUACAGUCCCAUCUCAUGUUAAUUGGGACAAAUUCUUUAUUUGAGUGAUUUUUAUUGAGCGAAGCUCGCCAUGGUACAUAAUGCGAUUAAAGCUUAUAUGAUGG